CCACUGAUGUUUCCAUCCUGGGAAUGUAGACACACAUGAUGCUCUUAACCAGUGGUUCCUGGGCGUCCCGACUAAUUCAAAAGGGUCGCAAGAUGAUGGAAUGGAUAUGUAAGGAAAACAUAUUCCUGUGUUUUUUAAAAAUCUGUUCUUUUCUCAUGAAAUACCGAAAACUCUUCUUCAGUCCUCUAGAAAUUAUUCAAAUGAACGGCAACGACCCCGGCUGAUUGCACCAGAUUACCCAUCUCUAUUUCUCCUUGUUUCAUGUCAUUUCUUGCCCGUUUACUAUCGCAAUAAGGCAUAUGAUUCCCCCCAAAAAUACAUAGAAGACUUAACCUCAGCUCAGACAUAUGCAGCAAGUGACAAGAGGUUGCAAGCCAAAAAUGUUGGGAACCACUGCAAUAAACCAAUAAACACAAAACUCUGAUGCUCAAUAAUGAAAACAGGAUGAUAUCUGAUAUCAUCCAGGAUUUUAUAAAGAGCAGGCUGUCCAUGAAGUUUAAUCACUUUAUUGGCUUACAAUUGAAUUCAGCCUCUGUUUUUAUGACGUACUCGUCUUUCACUGUAGUGUCAGAACAAGUUUACUUAAAUCUUGCAAAAAAUCUAACUUUUUCACUCAGUUCACAGCAUUCAAUCACUUUUAUUUUGUAAAACUCUGUUUUUCCAAUUGUGUAAUGUGGCAUCCUGUAACACCCAAGCUUUAAUAUGGCUGAAUGUUGACACUGGAAUCUGUUCAGCAUGGCAGUUGUUCUCACCAGGGCUGCUGCCAACUCGUCAUGCUGUAUGUACCACCUGUUAUGUGCAUCAGGAUUUCCUGAACUGCUUCAUUUCUUUCUUUAUGUGCGUGUGGGAAAACAGAUUCUUGGCAGAGAUCACGUCUCUCAAAUCACACAGCACUGCUAAUGCGGCACUGUUUCCUCAGUGUUUUUUGUCUCUUGUGAGCCAUCCUGAUUAUAUUCACGUCAUUUCUGUCGGUGCUGUGUUAAACAUUACAAGUUAAGUGUUUUGUUCUGAUGCCAUGUUGCUUAGAGACUGACAUACAAACAUGACGUGCGUACACAAACGCACACUAUAUUUUGCUUGGUCAAUAUUUCAUUAUUUUAAGGAACUGGGAAUACCUUGCUGAUUGAUGGCAAUUCACCAUCAGCAGAUAUAACCACAACUACUCAAUCAAUUAGUUCCAAUUAGAGAGAGAUUACAUAACUAAAGAUCUACUCUAAAUAAGUGAUAUUGAUUUAAGUAAGCAGACGCUAUUGACUCAGGGGUAACAGCUGUGACCACAAGACAGAAUUAAUACUUAAACCUGUUUGUUGUUUGAGUUCACAUUCGCUAUAGAACUAGCCAGCUAAGGCUGCGACCGACGGAACACUUUUCUUAGUGACAUUGAUUUGACUGGCUAGCUAGCUUGUCUUAUUGUAAAACAUACCGUCUUAAGUAAGUUUUAUUUUCCGUUUGUCAAACGUACGCAAUGUUCAAUGUUUGAAUCUUGCUAACAAGGCUUUCCGGCUUGUAGCUGAAAUGUUCUGUGAGCUGAGUGGAUUAGAAAUAUCUCCCAUUGCCAGGUUGUGUCUAAAGUUUGCUUGAAACUUCACUCGAAAAUGUGCUCGAACAGCGAACAACGUUCACAUUACAAAAGAGCCUUAUGGGAUGGUCAUGAUUGUUCAAACCCUCAGAUAUUACGGACUUGUGUCUUGUAAAAAAACUUUACAUUUUGAUUGUAAAAUGCAUGGAAAUAUGAACUUGUGGUCUUAGUUUUAUUUCUUUGGCCAGUGACCAUGGUAUAAACGGAAUAAUGCCCUUCGAGGUGUUCAUAAUCAGGAAUUGAUGGACUCCACGGAGGCAGCAGAAGCAAGAACAUGGCCUUCCCAUCGUCCAUUUAUUUCUGAUAAUGGACCCACUUUGGGCAUUAUCCCAGCAGCAUUAUGUUCAAAGCCUAAAUUACUUGGCUGCAUCACUUUACAAGUCAUUUUGGUUACAAUGUCUGAUAUAUUUGUCGCUCCUGAUCACCCAACAUGCAGACGUUUGAGAAACGACCUCAUGUAAUUGCACCAGGGCUAUUAUAAACCCCUCUAACUGUGUUCUUAAUUACCAUAAUGACUUAGAGGGGUGAGAGCCUAGCCAGCCUCCUCAGGGAGAGACGAGACAAGAGACAGAGCGGCCCUCAGCUGAGGGUGGACAGAUGCAGGACUGGGAGAUCGAGUGAGGGGUUUGAUGGGAGGAUCGGCUUUCACCUCCUGUCUGGGAGUUCCUCUUGUCCCCGCUGGACGCACCCGAGGGACACUUAAAUUCAGUUUUUGACCAUAGAGCAGAGAGAUGUGUCUUUGUAAGCUGUCAUCCAGCUUCAACUACAAGUUAGCUGGAAGAUAAAAAAUAGGGUUGUUUAAUGAUGGUUCCAUUCAGUAGGAAACAUCUGCAGAAACUAGGGCUCUGUUAGGAUCUCUGGUGAGAAAUUUUACUUUAAAAUGACUAAAGUUUCACAGAAGGGAGGAUUCACCUCUCAAGGAUGCGUACGAAACAGCCAAUUAAUCACUCAAAUGUUUAAACAAGAUGGUUUUACCUCUUCUAUCACUUCCAGCAGCUUGAGUUCAUCAUGAAGGGAUUAUUUGCUCAGCACAUGAAGACACUCUCAUAACUGUUCAGGUCAGUCUUCAUCCCUCAGGCUGCUCGCAUUCCUGCAACACAAUGAGUCUAUUAGAUCUCUAUCGAGGGGCUUUUGUAUAGCAAUAAUUACCACAUGACUUCAACAUCAUCCACAAACACAAUCUUCACACAUGCCUGUAACACCAUGCUUCGGCCUACAUUGAUGUUCUCCGGGGUUUUCCCCUUUGAGCACAUGUGGAGGUUCUUGAAUCUGUUGCUGUAUAGCAGCAGCUGAGCAGCCCCAAAAUGAUCACAUGUGCUGUCCAGGGAAAUAUAUAAUACACAGCUGUGUAACUGUGAUGUCAUACCAUGCACACACACACACACACACACACACACACACACACACACACACACACACACACACACACACACACACACACAUAAUUACUCAGCUGGCCAGUUGGAGAGUUGGAAUCAGACCCAGAUGUGAAAGAGACCAACUGAAAGAUGCAGCUCCACCCUUCCUCUCUCCUUAGACAUGGUGGCGAUUUGAGAGUUUUUACAUUUUUAUCUCCAGGACAUUUUACUCAAAACUGUCAAAUGUCAGCCCAAACGCUUCUAGCAAGGAGUCAGAACUUAGGAGGGAUUUAGGAAACUCCUCAGAACAAGAAAGUAACAGAAAGCUUUCCCUAAUGAGGAGGUGUGUGGCUCAGCGGUCAGGUUUGCAGUAAAUAUGGCAUUUCGGAAUUAGUUAUCUUAUGAUUCAUCAAGAAACCUUAUUCCACAAAAUAAUUAAGCUAUUCAAUGCAUCGUGGGAGUAAGGUCACAGUCUGCAUGUGCUGGAGUCAGCAGGGGAGCCUUGGAGCUCGUGAUGAGGAGGAACAAGACAUGCCAUUGUUUCCAGAAACUAAUUGCCAGAUCAAACCACCUCACUGGUCCAUGAGCCGCCCCAGGUGCCCUGAAACCCAAAUAAAAAUAAAAAAACGCAUUGGAGUGUGGUGCAAACCCAUUGUAAGUGUCAGAGCGGGAACCUCUGGGCAUUGUCGCUAACAGGUCAAUCAUAUCCGGUGGUUCAGCCAUCUAGCAUGCUUGUAAUCAGCCAUGCUGUGUUGUGGAAGAGAGCAACUCAUUCACCUAAUAGGAACUAAAAAAAAAAUUUCUAUUCACCAGUGUUGUAUUCGGAUUAUUUAAUGAAGACAUUUUAUUUGAUGAGCACAUAACAACAUGGGGGUUGUAUCACAGUAGUUUAUGGAGAAGGUUCAUGUUUUUUCGGCGGCUGUGUUUUAGCAGAGCGCCGAGGUCUGCUGCAGAUGACAUGCGGGCGGAGAGAGAGGGUGGUUUCCAUGGAGCAGCGCUGCAUGCGACCGCUGCAGAGCCUCCUUGAGCCUCCUGAGAGACGGCCCUCGGGAAUAUCUUAAAAUUAUGAUUCCACUCAUAUGUUAGCAAAAGAAAACAUGGCCAAAAAUUAUGUGACAGGAUUUUCAAUCAACCAAAAUCCUGUGUGUGUGUGUGUGUGUCACACUGUCUUGAAGAUAUUUCCAAAGUGUGGUUUUGGGUGUGUUUCUUGCUUACACUGGCACAUCUUGUUGCUCGCUCAGUCUGCUGAAGUGAAGUCACUCAUUUGGCCGAUACACUUUUUGGAUUUCAAGCCAGGUUUUCUUUUUAGUUUUCAAUAACACUAUAUGUACAUUAGCCUUUAACAUCCAUGUCAUCAUUGUGAAGAGUACAGUUCUCCAUAUAAAGCGUACAGCACUGCUGAUUCUUACCAUUCGAUUUAUCCAUCUGUUAAUCUGGAAUUGAUACCGUAAGGAAGCUCAGACAGGAUCAAGAGAUAAUCUGGAUGCUCCAGUUGUUUCAUGUGGGAUUUUGACAGUGAUAAUGAUUUCUGCCAUAGCCUGGAAUUACAAAUCUGAAUGUGCAUCCAUUCACAUUAAUGACGCGUCCACUAACAUCACAAAUCAUGCAUCAUGUUGAAUGUAUUGAACAGGGUGCACUGUAGGUGAUGGAGGGGGAGGGGAAGAACAAAGGAAUCAGAGGAGAUGGUGGGAAAACAUGGUGCGUUAGAGGAGAAUGGCGCCUGGUUUUUAAAUACAUAGAUGAUCAUUUCUCAUCGCUCGCUUGCAUUUCGCAUAUUCUGCUGAGACACAGCAAAGCAUCUUUUAAAUGAAGGAAAAAAAACAAGGGAAGGAGGAGGCAUGAUGGGAGGGAGGGAAGUGGGAGGCGAGGCAGAGGUAGCAGAGAGCAGGGGGAGGAGGGAGCGUUGAUGCGUCUGCUGUCGCUGUCAUUCCGCUGCUGCGCGGCUCAGCGGCAGGAGAGUGUGCUGGAGGGAGGAGGGUGGAAAAAAUCGGAGGAAAGGAGGACAGGAGGGAAGGAGAGAAAGGGAGUGCCUGGGCAGCACUGCAACAGCUGCAACUGCAGCAGCCUGUAAGGAGGAAAAAGAGGGAGAGAAGGAGACGGAGGGAAGAAAGAGAAGGCUGCAGGACUGCCUUAGAGGAAGCAUUUUUAUGUAUGUUUUUGCACAAGGAAAAGGGUUUGAUACGGAAGCCAGUUUUCUCCCUCGCUGAUGCUUUUCUACAUGGUCUCAUGCAGGAGGCAUGCUUGGAAAUAGUGUGAAAGGCAGAGAAGGAGACUUGAAGAUGGAAAGGACGGAUAGCACAAAGGCAUACGGCCAAGCAGAUGGCAAAGGAGUUGGUAUGGCAGCCAAGAGGGCAAAGUCUGGAGUGCCCCAGAGCACACAGAGGGGUGAACUGAAGGUUUACCGGGCGGGUAGCUCUGAGGGCAGGCUACCAGUGUCCUCCAAUCUCCGCAAGCAGAGGUCCAUGACAAAUCUGGCUGUACUCACUGACGCCGAGAAGAAGUUGCACCUUUAUGAGCCCAAGUGGUGUGAUGACAUGGCCAAGCCUGGAGCAGGGCAGUCCAAGAUGGGCAAGCCAAAGACAGCAGGGGUUGGCAGCAGUGCCGGAGGUUGUGCCCCUCUUUCUCGAAACCUAUCCAAAUCGGAACACUCGCUGUUCCAGGGCAAGCCCAUGCCCUUCAGCCCCCUGGCUGCUCCAUCUCCUCUGAGCAAGCUGAGUCGCAUACCUCGUGCUCCUUACGCUGAGGUGAAGCCCAUGAGCAAGGCGGCGCCCGAGGACGGGAAGUCGGAUGACGAGAUCCUCUCCAGCAAGGCGAAGGCCAACGCUAAGAAGCAGGGAGCCGGACCCGGAGGGGAGUCCGGUUCCAAGGGCCAAGGGGAGGAAGGGGGAGACAAGGCUUUCCUGAAGGUGGACCCAGAACUGGUGGUGACGGUGCUGGGCGACCUGGAGCAGCUGCUCUUCAGUCAGAUGUUGGACCCUGAGUCCCAGAGGAAGCGGACCGUGCAGAAUGUCCUUGACCUCCGCCAGAAUUUAGAGGAUACAAUGUCGAGUCUGCGGGGCUCUCAGCUCAGUCACAGCUGUAUGGACAGCAGUAAUGUGGGCUACGACAGCGACGAGGCCAACGCUCACAGCAUAUCCAGCCUGUCCAACCGCUCGUCGCCUCUCUCCUGGCGCCACGGCCAGUCCAGCCCUCGCCUUCAGGCGGGCGAUGCCCCGUCCUCCACGGGCGGCGGAUACAAGGGGAGUAAGACGACCGGCUCCCAGUACACGGCCCAAACGAUGCCGGCUCGCUGCUCCAGUCGCCUCAGUGGCACGUCUCGCAUUGAGCUCAUCGAAGGGUUGGAUGACGCCGACCUCAAGUCCGGUUACCUGAGUGACAGCGACCUUCUAGGAAAGAGCCUUCCGGAUGACGACGACAACCUGGGCAACGGGUGGGAUGAGAGCAGCUCCAUCAGCAGCGGGCUCAGCGACGGCGAAGGCGAUGGCUCGGAGAACCUCAGUUCAGAGGAGUUCAACGUCAGCUCCUCCCUUAGCUCCCUGCCGAGCACACCCCUGGGAUCCAGACGCAGCUCCUCUGUUAUGCUUCGCACUGACGCAGAGAAGCGCUCCCUGGUGGAGAGUGGACUUUCGUGGUACAGCGAGGAUGGCAAAGCCGCCCACAAGCUCGACAGUUGCAGCUACGGCACGGGGAGUCUCAAGACGGAGGCGCCAAGCAAGUGGAGGAAGAAGCCUCCGAGCCUCAGCGAAGAUUCAGGGUGUAAAGGAGAACUGAGGAAGCCUCAAAGCUUGGGUCAUCCAGGUAGUCUCAAGAAGGGUCGUAAUCCUCCCAUAGGUGUGACCUCCCCCAUCACCCACACCUCUCAGAGCACUUUGAAAGUCGCAGCACCUAAAAGUGAGAAGCCACUUGAUAAGUCCAGGAUUUCCCUCAAAACUGCUGGUCUACAACGGUCUCGUUCAGAUGCUGGAAGGGAUCAUCAGGGAGAGCACCGCAAGCCCCCUUCAGGUUUAGUUAAACCCACUGCCGGAGCCUCCUUUGGCUACAAGAAGCCACCAACAGCCACCGGUACCGCCACUAUGAUGACAGCAGGGGGCGCCACCAUCUCCAGUGGCUCUGCUACCGUGGGGAAAACCCCGAGGUCUUCUGGCAUCCCUAUGAAGCCUGUCGGAGGAGGGAACCCCUCGGGUCGAAAGAACAGUUUUGACGCCAGCAGCGAGCAGAGCUUCCUGGGGCCAAACACCCGAAACAACAUUCAGUACCGCAGCCUGCCUCGACCGGCCAAAUCGAGCACGUUCAGUGUGAUCGGUCGCUCUGCGCCUCGGCCCGUCAGCGGUACCAUCGACCCCAGUCUGUUGACCCUGAAACCCAUGCCCAUGUCCUCCACGGGCCCCAGGAUUAAAGAGCCCGGUAGCUGCAGCGGCAAGAUGUCUAAUCGAACGAGCACAGGCCCAGUGAACAUGACGGACCGAGAGAAGGAGAAGGAGAGAGCCAAGGCCAAGGCUGACCUAGACUGUGGUUCUCUGAAAGGAGAGGCUCUGUCCACUGGGGAGUCCACUAUGAAGCUGCACGGCCUGAGACGGACCAGCAGCAGCAAAUACCCAGAACUGUCCUCACCCACCACACCAAGGAUGCUGAACACUAAGUCUCUGGGUCGUCCACCCAGCUUGGCUCACCUGGACAAGUUCAACAGUCUUGAUUCCUGUGUGACCCUCCUGGACCUCCCGCCCAAAGUACCCCCUUACUCCAAGCUGCAGGACUUGGUUGGUUCCCACACAUCCUGCCGCCUCACCCCGAGCCCGGCGCCUGUGCUCCACAUCGAUUCCCCCGGCUCCUACACCAGCGAAAGCCUGAGUCUCAGUGGAUCACCCCUGCUCUACCCCAAGCUGUCUGGCAUGCACCGCAGCAUGGAGUCCCUGCCGCUCCAGAUGAGCGUACCUUCCAGUGGGAGGUUUGUCAGAACUGAGAUGCAUGACAAGGACGAAAGGGGUACGGGAACCUGGGGAGCCGGCAGCAGGACAUCCCUCAACCUCACAGAUAGCUUGCAAACAGACAGAAAUACGUUGCCGAAGAAAGGCUUAGAGUACGUCAUAACAAUUACAGUCGAAGCAUCUUAUUUGAAAUCUCACACUGUGAUGUCUCUUCAUUGUUGGAAGUUAAAAAACGACUUUUCUUUUCUCAGACGCUAUGGUGCGAGCCUGUCAGAGAGUGACGGCAAACCGGAAAGACGCCACUCCCACAACAUAGUUAGCAUGACUGAGAGCGACAGCCCCCCCCAGCUGCCUUCUCCCACCCGCACGUUCCUCCUCCCCUCCUCCGGCAAGGCUCCUCUCACCAACGUGGUUGCCCCAAUUUCUAGUGGCACCCCGAGGAUAUCGCGCUCCAACAGCAUAGGCCCACCCAGUGAGUCAGCCUGCGAUCUCUAUGGAUCCUCCCCCCUGGGCAGCAGUAUGUCCCUGGCUGACCGGCCAAAAAGCAUGAUGCGGUGCGGGUCUUUCCGGGAACCCGGGGAUGAUGUGCAUGGCUCUGUGCUCUCUUUGGCGUCCAACGCUUCAUCCAACCAUUCCGCGAAUGAGGAGAGGAUACAAGGGGAGCAAAUCCGCAAGUUGAGGCGAGAGCUGGAGUCUUCCCAGGAAAAGGUUGCCGACUUAACCAUGCAGCUUACUGCCAAUCUAGGCCAGGCUAAUCUGGUAGCAGCAUUUGAACAGAGUUUGGCGCUGAUGACGGCACGCCUGCAGACCCUGUCGGUCUCCUCAGACCAAAAGGACUCUGAGCUCACUGAGCUGAAGGAUACCAUCGAGGUUCUUAGGGUGAAAAACACAGAGACCCAUGAAAUCAUUCAGGAGGCUCUCGGCUCUCAGGAGGCUCUCGGCUCUCAGGAGGCUCUCAGCACUCCGGACAUCGAACCUAAAGAACCGCUGAUCCAUCGGCAGAACUCGUCCGAAAGCAUCUCCAGCCUCACCAGCAACACCAGCCACUCGAGUAUGGGCAGUCUGAAAGAGCAGGAGGCCAAGAAGAAGAAGAAGAAGAGCUGGGUCUUUGAGUUACGCAGCUCCUUCAACAAGGCCUUUAGCAAGAAGGGCUCCAAGCAGGCUGGACCGUAUGCCGACAUUGAGGAAAUUUCCACCCCAGAAUCCUCUGCACCUUCCUCCCCUAGAGUCCACCAUGGUGGGAACAACCCUCCAUUGUCAUUGAAAUCCUCUGCCUCUGCAUCAUCAUCAGGACUCUGUGAAGGAGAUGAGGUGGGUGAUGAUAACGUUGUAACAGACCUGCGUUCAGAGCUGUGGGAGAAGGAGCGCAAACUGACAGACGUCCGCCUGGAGGCUCUGAGCUCCGCCCAUCAGCUGGAGCAGAUGCAGGACGCCAUGUGCAACAUGCAAUCAACAGUGGAGAACCUGAAGGCUGAGAACGACCAUCUGAAGACGGGUGGUCUGUCCCCCUGUCCAUCUCCUGGACCCUCCAGCUCUGUCUCCCAGUCCUCAGGUCUCACCGCUCUGGGAAGCUCAUCACCUCGACAGUCCGUAGCCAUGCCCAAGAGCUACAGCAGAGGGCCGAGUGAGGGGAGCAGCUCAGCAGACGUCUUCUUUGCAGAUUCUCUCAGUCUUUCCUCUCAGAGGGAUGAACACCGUGUUCGGGUGGUGAUUUGUGUCGCAGAUUUGCACGUCUUCAAAGAUGAGGUCAAACAGCAGGAUUUCUUCGUCGGCACUGUCAGGGUGAAUGGCAGGAUGGACUGGCCCAUGCUGGACUCAGCAGUCAGCCAGGCUUUCAAGGUGUACAUAGCCAAGGUGGACCCCACUUCUAGUCUGGGCCUGUCUACAGACUCCAUCUACAGUUACAGUAUGGGCCACAUCAAGAGAGUGCUGGGAGGAGAAUCUCCAGAGACACAGCCCUCUCGCUGCAUGUCCCGGGGCCCCAGUAGCAUCACAGUGGCCCUGAAAGGCCUGAAGGAGAAGUGUGUGGACAGCCUGGUAUUUGAAACCCUCAUUCCCAAACCCAUGAUGCAACACUACAUCAGUCUGCUGCUCAAACACCGCCGUCUCAUCCUGUCCGGACCGAGCGGGACGGGUAAGAGCUACCUCGCUUCCCGGCUGGCUGAGUACCUGGUGGACCGCAGCGCCCGCGAAGUCACCGACGGCAUCGUGGUCACUUUCAACAUGCACCGCCAGUCAUGCAAGGAUCUGCAGCUUCAUCUUUCCAACCUGGCCAAUGAAAUCGAUCGGGAAACCAGCACAUCAGAAACACCGCUAGUCGUUAUUCUGGAUGAUGUUCAUGGGCCUGCGUCCAUCAGCGAACUGGUCAAUGGUGCUCUCACCUGCAAAUACCACAAAUGUCCUUACAUUAUUGGAACAAGCAAUCAGCCAGUGAAGAUGAUUGCGAACCACGGCCUCCAUCUCAGCUUCAGGAUGGUGACGUUCUCCAACAAUGUGGAGCCAGCCAACGGCUUCCUGGUGCGCUACUUGCACAGGAAGCUGAUGGAGUCGGAGGAUGAGAAAAACUUGACCAACGAGGACCUGAUCAGGGUGUUAGACUGGGUGCCCAAACUGUGGUAUCACCUGCACGCCUUCCUGGAGAAGCACAGCACGUCGGACUUCCUCAUUGGCCCCUGCUUUUUCCUGUCCUGUCCUGUCACGGUGGAGGAGUUUCGAUCGUGGUUCAUUGAUCUUUGGAACCACUCUAUCAUUCCUUACCUGCAAGAGGGGGCCAAGGACGGCAUCAAGGUCCACGGACAGAAGGCGGUGUGGGAGGACCCAGUGGAGUGGGUGCGGGGCACCCUGCCUUGGCCUCUUGCCCAGCAGGACCAGGCAAAGCUGUUCCACUUGCCUCCCCCCAGCAUCGGCUCAAGCAGCCCUGGUCAGCCAUGCGAGGAGAGGCCUCACAAGGAGACUCCACCCAGCUCCAUGGAAUCUGAUCCACUGAUGGCAAUGCUUUUGAAACUUCAAGAGGCUGCCAAUUACAUUGAAUCCCCAGACAAAGAAGACCCUUGUCUGCCCAAACUUUGAACACAAAGCUUACACUUUACAAUUAGCACUUCAAAUCUUAUGUUUUUGUGAUGAUGCAGUUCUCAGUCAGGAACAAAUUAUAUCUAAGAAAUGGAUAUAGGGUAAUUCAAACCAUCAUUCCCGUAGUAGGUUAAGAGUAUAACUAGGUUAUUACAACAUACGUGCAGUAUUUUCAAAAUACAGUAUUUUCAAAAGACUAUAUUCUGUUACUUUACUGUAUACUUGACUGGAUGACAUUCACUUUAGUUCCGAUAACUUUACCACCACGUUAGCGAUCACAGUAGUCUUAGAUCGGUGCUAAAAGAUCACUAAGAAUUGUCCCAGCGCUUUAGACUUCAGGUGAUUUCUGCAACAGCACACGUGCAUCAUGGUGCACGGAGUGCUUGUGAACGAGAGCUGUUCUCAAUUAUGGUGACUCAUUUUGAAAAAGAGUAUGACAGCAUGACAGAUGCUACUAUUUAUUGCAAAGUUCUUUGGUACAUAUCUACUGUAUAAGUCUUUGAAGGCCAAAUCUUAUACAUAUGCAAUCCUGAACUUUACAACCUGAGCAGGUGAAACAAAUAAAAUGCCUUAAGAACAAAGACGUAAAUGUCAUCUCAACUUCAGCAGAGAAUACUGGUGCUUUUAUCAAUAUCACCACAGCUGUGACGAUCAGGAGUCAGUUAUUUCUUCAGCUCUCAACAUUAUUUAUUUUAAUUCAUCUUUUUUUUUUUUUCUACAAUAUCAAAUUAUAAAAUACGAUAUGAUCAAUUAUCAGUAUAUGUUUUCACAUACGUCUUUAUCAUUGUUAUGGCUUAUAAGUACAAUUAAUUUUAACUUGCUGUCAUACUCUUUUGCAUAAAACAAAACCUAUUUAUUAGUGAUGUGAGAUCAUCACUUUGUUGCUGCACAGUUCCAUAUUUUCCAAGUAAAUGUAGUUUCAUGAACUGCUUUAUGUGUCACCAAUGUUGCCGUCUAUAUCAGGUAUUAGAUACUUAUCACACAGGGAUAAUAUAUCAUAACAAACACCCUCUGAUUAAACAGAUUGGGCAAAUGCUAUUUGAAUCCUAUUCUGAUUUUUUGUUCUAUAACAUUUAUCUAGGAAAGUGUACAUUUGUUUCAGAUCUUUCCCCCCAGAUUCAGAGUAGCUACUGUAUAUAUUAUGUACAUGCAAUCAGGCUACAUCGCAGUUAUUUUAUCUAUAUUAGUUGGUGCAAAUAUCUAAUAUACUGAACCAAAUACUGUACUUUAAUCAUGCACAUUGACUGUCAUGUUAGUGGUUUAAGUUCAACGAUGAAUGUAUAGAAAACACUUGUGAAAAACAACCAUUCAACAGUACAAAUCACCUAUUUGGUGCUUUUAAAGGAAGCCUUAUCACAAAGCUCCACUGCAAAACACUUAAAGUCUGAGUAGAGUGACUUUAAAUCUACCUAUGCCCAUUUAUACUUCAAGAACAGAAUAAUAAAACAAAACAAAUCUCAUUCUCAUGCUUAUCAUCAUCAUUUAGGUACUUUUGGUGCUCUUUAACAAUGUCCCGAACUAUUCUAGUGUUGAAUAAAGAUCGCGUAGGUUUCAGGGUAGGUUAGCAAAGAGUUUUGUGUCAUGCAGUAGAACUGUCAAAAGCUAAAGUAAUGUGAAAUAGAUCUGGAUGAUGAUUUCUGAUAUUUUUUAGGACGUGUCGUCAAAGAAGUGUUGAAUUCAUUACGUAGAGACCGUGUAGUCAUGUGAGACAUUUGUUGUGUGCGCCCAUGCUAACACUGUGCGGUAUUCAUAGUUGAGAACACUUUGGGUACAAGGUAGGGACCAAGCGAUUGUGGAGAGGUGUUGUUUUUUUCCGAAGAAAGAUUAAAAAGCAAAAUAUGUAAACACUUUUUGUGUAGAUUUUUGUAAAGAAGCCCUAAUGGCACACAUGGCAUACAAAGUGGUUGUGCAAGUGUUGUUGAAAUAAUUCACCUGUCCAUCCCAAACUGUGUCAUUGUUUAGGUGCUCCGACUACACUUCACAUGUACAUAACCUCCUGUAAAUGAAUGUCAUACCACUUUCUAUGACAGCUCCAUAAGAAAGUUUAACAUUUUAAAUUGUAUCUGAGCUGCUUAUUGCUUCGUUAUUGCACUGUUAUUGCAUAAGGCUGAUAGCAACACUUCAAGCUAAUCUGCAGCUCUGAUUUGUCACCUGUUUACUAAAAAAGAAAAGAAAGAUUUAAAGACAUCGAAGAGCAAAAAAGAUGCCAAAAUGGCCAGUGAAUCUCACACUGGUCACAUGCCAAUUGAGAAUAAUGUCAGUUAUUGUAAAUAUUUCAGGUAUUGGACUACCAACCCUGGUCUGUUUCUGCAGGUUAACUAAAGCCAUCAGCCCGAGCUUCUCAUCUCAUUCACUGGUUGUUGUGCCUGUUACUCUGUAGUAGCUGUGAUUUGUGUUUUGCUUACUAGUGUAUCAGGACUAUGCAGCAACUUCUACUGGUGUUGGCACUCAGCAAAUGCCUGAUCCUCACGAGCAAACGCAGUGUGUUUUCAUCUGGUCUGUCUUUGAGUUCUUAAUUUGGACCAAAUUGCACCACAUGGACAAAAAAUGGGAGCUUGUUUUAGCAGGUGGUACUGAGCCUUAAAGAGAGGAGGAUUUGUUCGGCGUUGUGUUGAGAACAGGGUUUAUUGAUGUAGUUAAAGAAAUUAAGCAGUUUGAAAGCUUUUGCAGGUGUUUUGUCCUAAAAAAGUAUCAUAACUGAACUUGUAAAUGACGAUAAACAGUUAAAAAAGUGUCAAAAUCGAAUUAUGAGCCUGAACUAGUAGAGGCAAGAAUCCACACGUCACUGUUUAUGCAUGUAGAAUCAAAGCAGAUAAAGAGAUGAAUCGGAUCUCUUUAGGCCAAUACAGGUUGCUGAAUAGUCAUAUUUUAGCAAAGCUUGUUGUGGACUAAACUAAGAUUUAAAGAAAAAAUGUUAUGCGGUAUCUAAUGUCACUGACGUGCAAAUGUUAAGGGUUUCUAUGUGUUGUAAAUGCAUGUAAACUUGCUGUGUGAUGAGAAAAAGAAAAAAACAUUAACAAUGAUGUAUUGUUUUGGAAAAUCAUUCCAGAUAAUGUUUUCCUUUUUAAUACUCAAAAUAUUUGAUAUUUCUUUUCUCUUUUUUUCUAAAGAAUCCUUUGUAAAACUUAAUUUCUCUAUUUUGUACAGGACAUCAUUGUAAAGACUGUAAAUAGGUCCGCAUUCUGGAUGCGGCAACAAUCAUUGAGGGGAAACAAAGAAAUCAUCCUGGAGAGAAAAGGGAUAUUUCUUCAGAGUUGGGUCCAAUACAUGGAUAAGGCAUGUUUCCGAAGGCUUUCAUCCACCUGUCACUGGUUGUUGGAAUCAAUAAAAUACAUGUUAUAUUUAU